AUGUCUCAUCUGGCACCUCAGCAAGCCUCCUGUUGGUUUCUGGAGAUACAGAUGAAUGUUCUUCGUCUCUACACGAGGCGCAUUAAGGCCCCCAGAUCAUCAUCAGUGGGCUGGGGGCUGAAAGAGACGAGGCACCCGUAUACCUUCAUCUCCCAGGAGGGCUUCAAGGAGAUGCUCUCGGUGGAAGGCGCUGCUCAGAAAACUCUCCCGUUGCUUCCUCGGCUCGUUCCAGUGUUAAAAGGUGCUUUGGCCCAUUCAGAUGACGACGUCUUCAGGAGAGGCCUGAGGGCCUUGGUGCAGUUGAGUGCCGUGGUGGGCUUCUGGCUUAAUGGGCACCUGAAGCACCUGCUUUCCAGUCUUUCCAAGAGGCAGAUGAGCAAGAAGUUCAAAGAACAAACUAUGGAGGCUUUGCAGAAACUGGAGCAACACGGAGGGAAGGAAAGCUUGACGAUUAUAAAAGCAAAGAUCCCGACCUAUUCUUCCAUUUCCUCCUGAAGAACACAAUGAAGAGGCUUCCCUUGCAAACUAUGUUGGUGUUACUUCUUUCUCCUAGAAGCGUAUUGUUCUGCGAAAGAAAUGAUUAAUAUUUGAAAUUUAAGACGGGUGUCAAGAGCAAAAGUGUGCUGGAUGCUUAAUUAUGGAAAAAACGCUUAUGAAUGGCACACCGUCUUCCUUUCAGUCUCUUUUCUGGGAACUUAAGGGGUUUGCUGGUUUGUUAAAAUUAUUAUGAAACAUUAAUUUAUGUUUUUCUUUUUAAAUUGUGUACCCUUUACUUGCUAGGCUUAACCCUAAGACCUGUGUGCAUCUUGAUUUUUAGUAAACUUAGAUGCUGCUGCACGAGGGGGGCAAGGACCGUUUCCAUCGCUGGUUAAGUUUCCUUCCUCUUAAAAGGACCUGAAAUCGCUAAAACUGGAAGGGAUUGUUUCUCAGUUAAUGUAUUUGUUGAUAAGAGAUCGUUUCGUUUUUGAUAGUGUUCUUAAAGAGCCCACUUAUCUUGUGGGUUCUAGAUUGGCAAAUGUACUUUGUUUUUUUCCCCCCAGUGUUGUCAAUAUGCUGAGAAUGCUUUUAUGUCUCCAUCAAACACCAAGAUUUUCAUGAGUGUUGAAUAAAAAUGCUUAACUGCGCCACAAA